UUCAAACGGAGACAGGAUGAAACUUCUUGUGUCUGCUUUGGGUGCUGCGCUGUUGGUGAUAGGUUAUACCGAUUCGCAAGGAAGUACGCUUCAGGAAUCGAUACUUAAACAGCUGGAUGAAAUUGAAACUAAUGAUCUGCGGAAAAAUGAAUCCUGCUUGCUGCUUUGUGACUACUGUGGUUGCGAUGGUAUCUUCGCCGGAGAAGACUGCAUUUGUGAUUGUGCAGCAGAUGAUGAUAAACAUAUACAAUGCUUGGAAGAGCUGCGAUCGACGGGACAACACAUAGAGUUGGAGGAGUUCGAAGUCACCACUCGAGAAGCGAUUUUGUCACGGUUUAAACGGGACGUAGAGAAUGCAACAGGUCAAUCCCCGAUGGGUUCCAGCUGGAAAAAUGUUCGAAAGAAUAAACGAAAAAAGUUCAUCCGUAGACAUCGGGGACGGCGGUUUCUGCAGCCCCAGCAUCAAGCUUCCAGUGAUAGAGAUAUGUAAUAAAUUAGUUGACAAUUUUAAAAUUAUUUAGUACUCACAUGCGCUUUAACUUUGUUUGAACGCAAACUUAAAUUUGUGUUAUUAACAUGUCUGUUAGCCGAUUACGAUUUCUGAAGAAAGAAA